AGAGAGAGCCGCUCCGAUGAAGCCAGAGGAGGAGAUUUAUGUUAACUUGGAGGAGCUGAAUCUGUCCAAACUCAAAUAUGAAGAGAAUGGAGACAAACCAGGAAAAACUGAUUUUUCGCCUGAGAAAGAAACCAGAACCUUGUGUUUUAAAGCGGCAUUUUUUCUGGGACUGCUUAGUUUCCUCCUGCUGGCCGUGGUGGUAACUGUCAGUGUCCUGUAUCAAAGAGACUUUAAUCAGUUGAGUGGAGAAUUGGCCAAUCAGACGGCAGAGAGAAACUACCUCCAGAUGAUGAACCAGAACCUAACCUAUGAGAAGGAUCAGUUAGAAGUCAGUUUAAAGGUGGCAGAGCUGAAUCUGGAACAAAUGAAGAAGGAAUCUGUAACAUGCCCUGUUGGAUGGAGGAAGUUUGGCUGCAGGUGUUACCUUUUGUCUUCAUGGAAGAACACUUGGGAACAAAGCAAGUAUCAGUGUUCAAGAAACGGAGCAGAUCUGGUGAUCAUCAAAAGCACGGAGGAAAUGAUGUUUCUGAAAGAGCUUGGAGAUCAGCUGAAGUUUUGGAUCGGCCUGCAGUAUACAACCCCAGAAAAAGGAUGGAAAUGGGUGGAUGGAAGCUCUCUAAGAAACUCGUAG